AUGCCUAAACUUAAAACGGUGAAAAACUGGGAGAAAGAAUACAACAUUAAACUCGAAUGGGAUGUACAACCUGGUGGAAAUGCUGGAAAUAUUCGAUGUUCGACGUGUAAAGAAUACGACGAUCGGCUCCAAGGGUUGAAAAACUACAGUCGUGCAUGGGUCGAAGGCUCUAAAAGCGCGACCUCUGAUUCUGUGAAAAAGCAUGUCAACACUGAUAUGCACAAGCAUGCUGUUGAUAUAGCAAUGAAAAAACAUCUUGGCUCCGAACGAUAUACCGAAAAUGUAAUGAAAACCACUCCAAUUGGGAAGUCAAUAACAAAGAUGGAAGAGCACUCAAAAGAAGUCUUGAAAAUGCGGUUCAACACAGCCUAUUACCUUGCCAAGAAGGAGAAGCCAUUUAAGGACUACCCCGAUUUGCUGGCACUGCAAGAAAAAAACGGAAUUGACAAACAAAGGGGAUACCGCACUCCUCAAGCUGCAGCAAAUUUCAUUGACUUUAUAGCAGAACAAUUUAAAGCUCCCCUGAAAGAAAUUCUUGUGAAAGCCAGGUAUUAUUCCAUUUUGACUGAUGGCAGUACGGACACAAGUGUAACUGAGCAAGAACUUAUUUACGUUAUGUUCCUCAAUGAUGAUGGACAAGUCAAUAUGAAGUUCCUUAGCAUCGAAAACCCUGCAGUUGCGGAUGCCACACAUUUGGUCGAGUGUAUUAAGGAAGCAUUUCAUCGCAUAGGCAUAGUAGAUUAUUCAUCCCAUUUACAUGGACUGAAUGUGGAUGGAGCUUCCGUCAACCUGGGAGUCCAUAGAGGUGUUGCAGCACUUUUGAAGCGGGAAUCUCCCUGGUUAACUGCCAUACAUUGCUUCAAUCACAGGAUCGAGCUGGCUGCAAAGGACGCAUUUGGAAACUCAGUUUUUGAAGAAAUUGACCAAAUGCUUGCGUUCUUCUACAAGAUUUAUCGAAACAGUUCCAAAAGAUUGAAAGCGCUGAAGGAGCUUGGUGCUGCAUUGGGAGAAAAACUGCCAAGACCUGUUAAGGCAUCAGGUACUCGAUGGAUUGGACAUCGUUAUAACGCCAUAAAGAUUGUUCCAAAGCACUAUGGAGCAUAUAUGAUGCAUCUUGAAGAACUUGCGAAAACUGAUAUUCAAGCUGAAAAGCGUGAACAGUUCAAAGGUUAUCUUAACAAGUGGGAGCAUGGAAAAUACCCAAUAUCCAUGGCUAUUUAUCUUGAUGUUUUAUCUAUUUUGUCUAGAAUGUCUCUCAGUGAGCAAAAGGAACAACAUGACCCCGUGAAAGCAGUUCGUCGAAUACAAGAAUUCAAAUGGACAAUGGUUAAAUUACACGGACAUGUCCUAGAAGCGCUAGAUCACAACGAACUGAACCAAGCAGAAAAAUCUCGCCUCACUUACUAUAACAAAUUUAGAAGUGAAGUUACAUUCGAAGAUGAUAACUCAUACGUUUACCAAGGAAGAAAGCUGAAGAAUUUCGAAGCAAGUGAACGCACGGUAAGGGAGAUUUACCGAUCGACGAUUGCUGCUCUUUCUGAUGCCGUUAGCGGUCGGUUUGAAAGUUUAUCCAUCUGUCCUGUGUUCAAAAAUUUGGUAGAUAUUCUCGACUGCACCAAAUGGCCAACUGAUGUAACUCAGCUUCUAUCUUAUGGAAAUUUGAGCAUGACUGAACUGAUCAAGCAUUUCACGCCGUUAUUAGAGCGUAAUCUUUGUAAUAUAGCAGAGAUUCCUGCAGAAUGGGAUAUACUGAAGAAUCGACUUCGUCAUUUGAUACACCCUAACAGCAGUUACCUGGAUGUCUGGUCUAAAGUUCUUACUUCGGAGGAAUUUCGGAAAGAGUGCGCAAAUGUGCUGCAUAUUAUCGAGUUAUUGCUUAUAACUCCAUUUUCCAAUGCAAAGCUCGAACGAAUGUUUAGCACUAUGGGAAGAGUGAAGACAGAUUGGCGUAAUCGACUUGGCAGAGAUCGACUGGAAGCGAACCUCAGAAUCAGCCAGGAAUGCGUUGGUAACUCGAUGGAUGAUUUCUGCCCAGACGCAGCGAUCGAAUCAUGGUUCAAUGCCAAAAUUAGACGACUGAAUUGUUCUAGCCAUAGCUAUCCUAAAAAAUGCAAAACAAUCUCGUCGAAAGGAGAUGUGAUUGACAUCACGGAACUGACUAUGUCUGAUUUAGAAAACGGUGAUCUAGACUCUGACGAUGAAACCGAUUUCUGA